CAUCAACCGACCGACCCAGACAUUCCCCCUCUAUCCAACACAUUCGCAGUCAUGGGUUGGUGGUGGAAUUCCACUCCCAAGGAGAGCGAGCCCCAGGCUCCUUCGGCCUCCAGUCUUCCUGCAUCACAACCACCCCCGGGGACCACCCCCUCCGCCCCAUCAUCACCGCCUCAACCCCGGACAUUAAGCCGCGAGGAGCAGGCCGACGCAGAAUGGAAGAAACUUGUCGCCAGUCUAGAGGGCGACAUCAAUGGCACAAAGCCCCAGCAAUCAUCCUCCGCGGGAGACUCCCCAUCUCCUGACUCCGCAUCCUCCUCCGACCCUCGAGCACCCCCAUCAUCCAUUGCUCCCGAGUCGCUCUACGACGACACCAUGUCCUGCCGCUCCGCAUUCGACUAUGCAUUCUUCUGCCAGUCAUUUGGCGGUCAAUUCGUCAACGUUUACCGCUAUGGCGAGCUCCGGUCCUGCAGCGAACACUGGGACAACUUCUGGAUGUGCAUGAAGACCCGCACGUUACCGGACCAGCAGCGCCGGAAGGCGAUCCGCGACCACAACCGCAAAAAGGCCAUCAAGUACAAGACCGGCCCCAGCAGUGAAGAUGUCUGGGAUGUGCGGACAGAGCCGGCUCAGAACCCUUUCUCGGGGGAUUUUGCCGCCCUGGAAAUCGAAAUGCAGGCGCAAGAAGCCGAAGAAGCGCGUCAGAAAGCGGCCCCAGCCUAGAGAGUAGAGACACUUGCCCUUGUUGUCUCUUCUUUGUGGAAACUUGCUUCCCCAGUUUGAUGUCAUGUAAAUGGAUACCUGUCCCCAAGGGAAAUUUGUAUAAUAGCUUAAGUAUAUUACGGCCUUUGAUGUCGCACCAACCCCUGAACCCAGCGCACGACAAAGGAACUUGCCCUAUAUAAAGCGACAAUCUCCGAC